AUAAAAAGAAGACUAGGGUUUUAUAGAUAUAAGAAGGAUCUUAUCUCGUUGGGUCGUUUCGUUCUUCUUCUCGCUGAGGCUUACCCUGUGUUCAAAAUCACUGAUUUCCCCAAGAUGAAUCGUGAAAAGUUGAUCAAGAUGGCCGGUUCGGUUCGAACUGGUGGAAAGGGUACCGUCAGAAGAAAGAAGAAGGCUGUCCACAAGACAACAACUACAGACGACAAAAGGCUUCAGAGUACCUUGAAGAGAAUUGGGGUGAAUGCCAUCCCUCAAAUUGAGGAGGUCAAUAUCUUUAAAGAUGAUGUUGUCAUCCAAUUCUCAAAUCCCAAAGUUCAAGCAUCCAUUGCUGCUAAUACAUGGGUUGUUAGUGGUGCUCCUCAAACCAAGAAAUUGCAGGACAUACUUCCUAGCAUUAUCCACCAAUUAGGGCCGGAUAAUUUGGAAAACCUGAAGAAGAUAGCUGAGCAGUUCAAUAAGCAGGUUCCUGAAGCAGGUGCUGGCACAGCCACUGCACAAGAAGAGAAUGAUGAUGAUGUUCCAGAGCUUGUCCCAGGAGAGACUUUUGAGACAGCUGCUGAGGAAGCCAAGGAUAGUUAGAGUGUUAUUGUGUGCCAUCUUGUGUUUUUUCGACAAAGAAAAUUUUGAUUUUCAAUUUUGUAUUUUAGGUUGUUUUGUUCUCCAGUCAUAUACUUUAAACAGGCCUCAUACUUGAAUUUAAUCUGUUUUCUUUUGUCCAAUUCAAGUAUUACUUAUUUGUACUCGAUUUCUACUAAAUUCUAUGUAUUUCUGGAAGUGACAUGAGGAUAAAGCCCCUCAACCUUAGUUUAA